CAAAAACUGAUCACCAAUCCUCGACGGCACAAACAGACCUCUGCUGCUGUGAGAGACCGACUCCUACCUGUAACCUCAAAGUCUUCUCAGAAUGGCCGUGAUGCUGAAACCAUGGACAGUGCUGGUGGCCUUAGUGCUGUGUGUGCUGGUGUGUCUGGGAACACUGGCGGACGCCUACCCCCCAAAACCUGAGAACCCUGGUGAAGACGCUCCCCCAGAGGAACUGGCCAAGUACUACACCGCUUUGAGACACUACAUCAAUCUGAUCACCAGGCAGCGGUAUGGAAAGCGUUCAGCUCAGGAGGAUGUGGUUGCAGAGCUCCUGUUUGGUGGUGGCAGCAACAGGGACCAGAGAUCAAGAUACGAUGACUCGUACAUCUGGUGACUCCUCCACUCUUCUCCCUAAUCAUGGAGCAUUCCCUCUGGGUGCAUCCCACAAUUCACCUGGAGGGGCCGACAUGUGCCUCUCCGCUCUGACCCCUGAAA